AUGGAGCUGCCAGCCCCAGCAACUCCCAGCUCCAGCCGUUCCUCAGUGCUUCGAUUCUUCCGAAGCCUAGUAGGGGGCAAAAGCAGUCACCAGGACUCUGACCAAGCCUUGGUCUUGGGCAGAGGCCAGGAACAGGAUGUCAUCCCACUAAUGGGUACAGAAGAUGCCUCAGGGUCUGGCCAGGAGGAGCUGGUUUUUCAGACCAAGAUGUCCCAUGCCCUUCACCUGCCAGGAUCCAAGGGAUCUCAUCACCAGAUGGACAUAGCCGGGCUGGGGAUGGGGGACUCUGGUGUCCAUGCCCCUUCUGAGCUCCAAGAGGAUGGAGUCCAGAGUGCUGAGGGGAAGCUGGCACCAGCAGUUGCUGGACAGGACCUACCCAUUGACCUACUGGAGAAAGAGGAGGAGGAAGAAGCUGGAGAAGCCUCUGGAGAUAUGAGGACUGUGGGCAGGGGGCAUUUUGCCCAGGCCAUGUGCGGGGAAGAUGAAAGCCUCCCAAUGGCCAUGGGGUCCCUGGAGAUCAGCCCCGAGGCCUUCACAGCGGAAGAGGAGAAGGAGUGUCUGCUCCAGAAAGACCUUAGGCUGGGCUCACCAAAAGCUGAGGGAACCCCAUGGAACCGACUUCUCAACAUGUACAAGCAGCUUCGGAAACCAGCAGCAGCUAAGGUCUGAGGGGUGAUAAAUGGGCCCAACUUAGGGCCCCAGGAACACUAUACCCCUCAGUUCUCCCCACAGGAAAGCCUGACCCAUCAGGAAAAUGAGGAGGAUGUAGAAGUGGAGGAAGAAGAAGGAGAGGAAGAAGAGGAUAGUUCUUUUAGUCUCAGUGUCCACGGCUUUGCUACUCUCCAGUCUCCAUUGCACAAGACUUUCAAAUCUACAGACACAGUGGGCUUUGUGGAGACUGAGCUGAAGAAGGUACUGGCGGUUCAGAGGGAGUCCCGGCUCUGGAAGACAGGUGGUAAGGAAGGUCGAGAACUUCUGAUCCAGCCUGAAGUCACUUUGGAAGAGGCAGGCAUUGUGGAUGGCCAGCACCUGCUCCUGGAAGAGAUGGAUGAAAUGGGAAAUUGGCCCCCAGACUGA